AGUGGAGCAUUUAUUUACAAGUCAUGGAAACACGUUGUUUUUGUUUACAAACCUAACAGGCGUUCAUUAUACUUCAUAUUUAUUAACGUCUUUCAAACAAACGGCAUCAUGCGAUAAACUAUGGAAAUAAAUGCAGUUCUUGACAGACAUGGGCUGGCUAAGUCGGGACUUUGGUAUGUUUUAUCUCCAGAAAACGAAGGACCUUCUGCAAGAGUCGGUCACACUUGUUGUGUUCUGAGAAAAACUGCGGGCAUUUUGAAGGACUGUUCUGGUGAGGAACAGGACUCUGAAAGUUUGCUGAUCAUCGGUGGAGCUAAUCCUGAUGGAGCAUUUAAUGAUGUUUUUGUCCUAAAUCUCGAACAAAACAAGUGGUUCAAAUGCGAGUGUGAGGGUUUGCCGAAGAGAUACGAGCACUCAGCCUUCAUACCAGAGAAUGCAUCGAGUGAAAUCAUUGUAUUUGGCGGAGCACAGAUGGAUAACAACCUAAAUGAUGUUCAAGUUUUUGACACAGAUGCAAAAUCAUGGUGUUUGUCGGUGCCAUCAGGUGAAGCUCCAUCGCGAAGGACCUGUCACUCAGCAGCAGGCAUUGAUAACAGAUUGUUUAUUUUUGGUGGGUGUCAAUCAGGGGCAGAGCCUGUUCAUGAUGAUAAGUUGUAUGUUUAUAAUGCAAAGGAGAAUCAUUGGUCUCACCAUGAUGUGAAUGGUGACCGUCCUAAAGUUAGACAUGGUCAUGUCAUGAUUGCUGUCAAAAAUAGCAUUUAUAUUCAUGGUGGGAUGGCAGGGACAGAAAUAUUUGGUGACCUCUGGAAAUUAACAAUAGAUGAUGGAGGAAUGAGUUGGUCUCAACCGGCAGUCACUGGGGAUGUGCCAACCAGACGUGCUGCCCAUGCUGGUUGUUUUGCUGAUGGUACACUGUAUUUGUUUGGUGGAAUGAAUGAGAGUGGUGCAUUGGAUGAUCUUUAUUCCCUCAAUACAGAGUCCAAUGUUUGGCGGAAGAUCCAAUGCGAUGGACCACCACCUCAUUGUCGUCUUGACCACACCAUGAGUUGUGUGACUGUUUUAAGAAAUGCAGACGAUAAUGAUGAAAGGACAGUCAAACAAACGCUUCUAGUUGUUUUUGGUGGAAUGGACACAAGUGGACAAAUAUUUGAUGACUGCCUUGCCUUUCUUGUGACAAAAUAAAGAAAUAUUUUCCAUCUA